UGCAACGCCAGGCGGAUAUGUGUCUUGCUUGUUUUUACCGAAAACAAUAAAUCUUUGAAACUUUUUUCAAAAUUUUAAUUUAAACAACAAAUCUUUCGAUAUGAUUCCCUGAUAGCUUGACGUGAUUAUAUAUCGAUGACAAAUAAUACUGUAUCUACAUAUUGAAUAAUUCAUGUUUUUAACUAUAGAACUUUCGCGUUCUUUAAAACAAGGUUUUGUAGUUAAAGAAUAUGCAUAGUUACGACAUGGAGUAGAUUUCUCGGCUUAAUAUUUGUAUAUGUUUGAUUUACGUUAUGAAAUGUGAAAGGAUGGACCAGGACUGACCUGAAGUUAACCAGCUAAACUAACCAGGCAUGAUCAAACAGUGUCAGUGACAGAAGGAAUUUAGCUAGAUGCGUGGUAGCAGCGAGUAGGCAUGUUGUAGCCAGCUAUACUACAGGCUAACACACCGAAAUCCUUCAGAUAGUAUUGCGGUAAUUUGACUAGUUAGCCAACUAUAGUGGUCUCAAGUUCAAGGUCUCCACUACACUUUUGGGUGCAGUUUGAGUAGACCGUUUCCCCCCCGAAAACCGCAUCAAGCGCAACGUCAGAAGAAUUAUCUCUCGAUUUGCGGUCAAAUGAAAUGGUGACAAAGAUGCUGCAUAUUCUACUUGUCCUUACAACGCUAGGUGCAGACGGUGAGUCACUCAGAAUAGUACCAGCUGCAGAUGGCUUUUCGUUCAUCCGUCUAGUCCAUGGGGACAGUGACUGUGCGGGGCGCGUGGAGCUACUACACGGGAAUCAGUGGGGGACAGUGUGUGACAAAGGCUGGGACCUGACAGAUGCUGACGUGUUGUGCAAGGAGCUGGGCUGUGGGCUGGCCGAUAAAGCCAUCCGUAGAGCUGCGUUUGGAAGGGGCACCGGAGAGAUCUGGCUGACUCACGUCCAGUGUUCGGGCCACGAGGCGAGCCUGACGCGAUGUCCCAGGGUUCUCCACAGUCCCAGGGCCGUCAACGGGAAUCCCACCUGCACCCAUGAUAAUGACGCUGGGGUGAAAUGUUCAGGUGCACUGUUGAUGCCCACCCUGUCCCUGCUCUCCCCUCACACCGUCUUCUCUCCCGGGGAGGCGGUUCGCUUCAGCUGUACUGUGGUACCGGGCCACCACCUAAAUUACUUCAUUCUGUCUACGAGGGGCAUAGACACCCCGUUGAUGACUCAGUGGGUGACCUUUGCCCAGUCCAGGGUGGAGUUUACUCUGUCAAUCCUGAAGACUACUCAACAGGGCAGCUAUAGUUGUCUGUACGGGAUCAAGGGUAUCGCUCCCUCCUCCUCCACGCUCACCUCUCCACCCAGCAACUUUAUCAACAUCACUGUGGUGGAGCUGCUCACCCCUCUGCGCUGGUAUAACACGUCCAACGAGGCUCCCACAGGCUCUGUCAUCAAAGGCCACAGCUUCAACAUCACCUGCUUCACUGAGAAGCAGUAUCCUGGAGGUUCCUUCCAGCUGCGUCUGAUCCGCUCCAACGACAUGGUACACCAGUCACUGCCCGCCCUCACUCCCGCUGUCACCUUCAGCUUCUCAAACGCACAGCUCUCCAACGAGGGCUGCUAUUACUGCCUCUAUAUGGUCCAGCUGGACGGGAGAACCUUCAUGUCCCGGGAGAGCCAACCGCUCCCUGUCUCCAUCAGAGACCCAGACCCAGUGUUGAGCCCUAUUGUGAUCAGCUGCCUAGCUUCUGCUCUGGCCUUCCUCGUGGCUCUCGUCGUCAUCAUCAUCGUUUCCAGAGUCAAGCUCUGCAAGAGACAGGAGAACCCCUUGGUGCUAGAGCUAGAGACCAGAACCUGUGUGGACAACAUGUACGUUGCCUUGGGAUGAUGAGCUGGGCAGAUAUAUUGGAUAAAGAGAAGGACCAUGUGUUUGUGAGAGAACCAUCAAGAUAGAACCCACAAUGCAGACGUUCCUGAGCUGACAACCUUCUUCAGGGAUGGGUCACAGACAGAGAUAGUGACACAAGACAAGUACCAAAGCACUACGUAGGAGCCAUACACACGACAUCUACUAGAACCUGGUAGAAUCCUGCAUUAGAACAUGACAACACUUGUAGGUAGAUUUGUUAAGCCAUCAUCCAUAUACCAGGCACACUGUAAUGAACACUACAAUCAACUAACUAUAAAAGGGCAAUGACUACAAUGACCCUAUUGGACACUUUGGCCUUUCUAGGCCAGUUCUUAUGCCAAAAAUCAGCUACAACUGACGAGACUGGACAUGAAUUCGACUGAGCACUAAGUUCCAAUGCCAAUGAUUUUAAUUGUUAAAUGAUGGUUGAAUAAGACUGACGGUCAGUUAAACUAUUGACGUCAACAAGAGAACAGCAAACACUUGUUGGACUGAAGAAAGAUUAACUUUAAGGCCUCAGCAUACUUCAGUUCGGUUAGCCGAAGUCAGCUAGGCCAAUUAAACGAGUGAGGUAGUGUACUCCCUUAAAAGACCUUCGCUUGAAAAACAAGAGGCAUUAGUACUGUUUGUCCAGUUUGAGACGUCGUAGCCAGUAUACACUUCCUCAAAAUAGUCUGAAUUAAUCUAAGAUACAGUAACUCAAGAAAUCUGUAUUUUUGACGUUUUUGCUCAGGAGACUUUAGUCACGUAAUUUUUAAUGUUUGGUGCAGUAUUUCGCAAUGGAAAAAAAUGCAUGACAACAUGUCGGGUUGAAGACCGAAAAGCACCCUAUCCCCUCAGCACUCAAAUUAAGUGGACACUUCUGAUGACGUGUCAUGACAACUGACGAGUAUACACUUGGAGGGCGAGGGAGGAAGGAAUGAUUUUUAAAUGGACCGCCCUUGCCCGGAAAUUCGUCACUCGUUUCUUUCCAUUACGAUUGACUAGUUGAUGUCCAUCUCCACUAGAGACUGACUAGUUGAUGUCCAUCUCCACUAGAGACUGACUAGCCGAUGUCCAUCUCUAGUAGACUGACUAGCCGAUGUCCAUCUCUAGUAGACUGACUAGCCGAUGUCCAUCUCUAGUAGACUGACUAGCCGAUGUCCAUCUCUAGUAGACUGACUAGCUGAUGUCCAUCUCCACUAGAGACUGACUAGUUGAUGUCCAUCUCCACUAGAGACUGACUAGCCGAUGUCCAUCUCUAGUAGACUGACUAGCCGAUGUCCAUCUCUAGUAGACUGACUAGCCGAUGUCCAUCUCUAGUAGACUGACUAGCCGAUGUCCAUCUCUAGUAGACUGACUAGCUGAUGUCCAUCUCCACUAGAGACUGACUAGCUGAUGUCCAUCUCCACUAGAGACUGACUAGCUGAUGUCCAUCUCCACUAGAGACUGACUAGUCGAUGUCCAUCUCCAGUAGAGACUGACUAGCCGAUGUCCAUCUCUAGUAGAGACUGACUAGCCGAUGUCCAUCUCUAGUAGACUGACUAGCUGAUGUCCAUCUCCACUAGAGACUGACUAGCUGAUGUCUAUCUCUAGUAGACUGACUAGCUGAUGUCCAUCUCCACUAGAGACUGACUAGCCGAUGUCCAUCUCCACUAGAGACUGACUAGCUGAUGUCCAUCUCCACUAGAGACUGACUAGUUGAUGUCCAUCUCUAGUAGACUGACUAGCUGAUGUCCAUCUCCACUAGAGACUGACUAGCUGAUGUCCAUCUCCACUAGAGACUGACUAGCUGAUGUCCAUCUCUAGUAGACUGACUAGCCGAUGUCCAUCUCUAGUAGACUGACUAGCCGAUGUCCAUCUCUAGUAGACUGACUAGCCGAUGUCCAUCUCUAGUAGAGACUGACUAGCUGAUGUCCAUCUCUAGUAGACUGACUAGUUAAUGUCCAUCUCUAGUAGACUGACUAGUUGAUGUCCAUCUCUAGUAGAGACUGACUGGUUGAUGUCCAUCUCUAGUAGAGACUGACUAGCUGAUGUCCAUCUCUAGUAGACUGACUAGUUGAUGUCCAUCUCUAGUAGACUGACUAGCUGAUGUCCAUCUCUAGUAGAGACUGAAUAGUUGAUGUCCAUCUCUAGUAGAGACUGACUAGCUGAUGUCCAUCUCUAGUAGAGACUGACUAGCUGAUGUCCAUCUCUAGUAGAGACUGACUAGCUGAUGUCCAUCUCUAGUAGACUGACUAGUUGAUGUCCAUCUCUAGUAGACUGACUAGCUGAUGUCCAUCUCUAGUAGAGACUGACUAGUUGAUGUCCAUCUCUAGUAGAGACUGACUAGUUGAUGUCCAUCUCCACUAGAGACUGACUAGCCGAUGUCCAUCUCCACUAGAGACUGACUAGCCGAUGUUCAUCUCUACUAGACUCACUAGUUGAUGUCCAUCUCUAGUAGAGACUAACUAGUUGAUGUCCAUCUCUAGUAGAGACUAACUAGUUGAUGUCCAUCUCUAGUAGAGACUGACUAGUUGAUGUCCAUCUCCAGUAGAGACUGACUAGUUGAUGUCCAUCUCUAGUAGACUGACUAGUUGAUGUCCAUCUCCAGUAGAGACUGACUAGUUGAUGUCCAUCUCCACUAGAGACUGACUAGCCGAUGUCCAUCUCCACUAGAGACUGACUAGUUGAUGUCCAUCUCCACUAGAGACUGACUAGCCGAUGUCCAUCUCCACUAGAGACUGACUAGCCGAUGUCCAUCUCCACUAGAGACUGACUAGUUGAUGUCCAUCUCUAGUAGAGACUGACUAGUUGAUGUCCAUCUCCACUAGAGACUGACUAGUUGAUGUCCAUCUCUAGUAGAGACUGACUAGUUGAUGUCCAUCUCUAGUAGAGACUGACUAGCCGAUGUCCAUCUCCACUAGAGACUGACUAGUUGAUGUCCAUCUCCACUAGAGACUGACUAGUUGAUGUCCAUCUCCACUAGAGACUGACUAGUUGAUGUCCAUCUCCACUAGAGACUGACUAGUUGAUGUCCAUCUCCAGUAGAGACUGACUAGUUGAUGUCCAUCUCCACUAGAGACUGACUAGUUGAUGUCCAUCUCCACUAGAGACUGACUAGUUGAUGUCCAUCUCUAGUAGAGACUGACUAGUUGAUGUCCAUUUCUAGUAGAGACUGACUAGUUGAUGUCCAUCUCUAGUAGAGACCGACUAGCUGAUGUCCAUCUCUAGUAGAUAAAGUUUGCCGUUUAGUAUCUAGAUUCUAUGGGUGCCAGGGUUUUAUAUUUCACUCAGUUACCACAUUCGCCGGUAUCGCUGUAAGUUCUGUUCACCGUAUGUUGCUGGGAAUAAAUACGAAAUAUUUAUA